AAAGCCCUGUGUUUGUUCCACCGGAGAGAAAAAAAUGCGCUUGUGGGGGAGGAGAGAGAAAGAACAAACGAGAAGGACAGAGAGUGAAAUUAUAAGGGUAAUUUUUGAGCGCGAUUUCCAAGUGAACUCGAGCGCACCCGACACCAUAACACUAAAAAAUGAAUGUUUUGGAGGGAUUUCAAAGGUUUCUGAUGGAGAUGAAGUGGGUUGAACCCAGAAGCCAUUUCGUUGCAGUCACAUGAAGCCAUUUCUCGCUGCAGUUUGGCGCACUGUAAUGUGUAACAUCUGUGUUUUGGGGGAUGAAACGCUUGAUAAACUCACCUGUGCGCGCCAGUCACAGUCGCUGUAACACACACAGAGAGUUGAAAUGCAGCUCAGAGUCUCUUUACAUCAAAUAAAGCUGAACACAUGGAGCGCUGUGGGGGCUGGGACAGGGAAGGAGAAAAAAUGGGUGACGGUUGGAGACACUUCACUGCGUAUCUUCAAAUGGGUUCCAGUGACUGAACCAAAGUCAGAUGAUAAGAACAAAAAGAAGAAGGGCAGAGAGGAGAAAUAUGGAUCGGAGGUGACGACUCCAGAGAACAGUUCCUCUCCGGGAAUGAUGGACAUGCAUGAUGAGAACAGUAAUCAGAGCUCAGUAGCUGAUUCCUCUCCGGUGAAGAUGGAGAACAGCUGUAGCACGAGCCCGACACCAGAGGCCACUGCUGCUGCUCACACUGAUGGAAACAAAUGCAAGGCAGAACAUACGCCAUCCCCUGACAAAGGGAAUAGUAACUCUACCCCUUCAGAGACGUCAACAACCAAAAAAGAUACUCUGUUAUCAGGGGAGAAGGAGUCCUCAUCAGACACCUCGACAAACACUCAGGAAAGUGAGGAUGGUUCCCCACCCACAAAGAAAAGUAGAGUGGAAUCAUCUUCUCAGGACUUAGAUAACUAAAGCUGACUAGUUUGCUCCCAUGUUUCAAACGUCACUGUCACAAACCAAUGAGGAAACACAACCCACUUAACAAUCCAUUCCUGAUCUUUAAGUACAGCUUCACCCUGUUCUUCAUCUUCUCACCUGGAGCGAACAUUGUCGCUGUGCCAGUGAACCGAGGCCGACGACGAACACUGACCUGAUCCUGUGAGAAACCUGCAGCCUCGCUCCAUUCAACUCAUGCACGAUAUACAGCGUUAGUUUAACAGUAAUGAGAGUGAAUGCACUGCAUAGAUUUGUCAAGAUAAAAGAUGGAUUUGCUGCUGUGAUCAUCUUUGUUUUAAGUCUUCUAUUAUUUAAUUUAAUGACUCUACUAGUUGUUUUUCUAACUAUUUUGCAGGUUGUUGUAUGGUUAUAGUGCUGGUGUUUGGUUUGUUCAUAGAUUCUCUACUGGUUAGUGUGCCUUCUGGCUCCAUGAUGUGUGAUUUAAUUUUUUUUGUGGCUUUUGUUUUUUUUUUAAAGCUUUUCAAAGCAUCACUGCUUUUUAAGGGGAUGAAGAAUGUUUUGUUACAUGUCAAAAUGAAUCCAAUAUAUACCUCAUUUCCAAACCAGCUGAGCUGGAACUUAAUUCUUGAUUGAUGGAUAAAUCAUAUUCACUGAACACAAUCUGGCAGUUUUUAAAUUAUGUCAUUUUAAACAAUAAAUCCAUUCUCACUUCAAUCUGAUGUAGCAACGUUCAAGGAACAUACAAUGAAAUACUCUAUAGAUACAUUGGGACCAUGUUUUCUUGAAAUGAAUUUGUUUUGUACAGUUUAUUAAUUUUGGUUUUUAUUUAUUUCACCAUUAGUG